UUCUCUCAUUUUCUUAAAAAAAAAAAAAAAAACCGCGGCACGCUGAUCCCUCUCCCUCGGAGAGCCGCCGCAAUCCGCCCCGCACCCAGCAGCAAGUCGUGAAGCCCACCGUGCAUGCCGCCAACAUCGUGAGAUUCGUCGAGUCUGCCGCCACCGUCGAUUUUGGCUUUUCCUUUUUGAAGAUUUUCCUUUUUCCAUUUUCCUGGCAAAAGAAGGGAAGUUAUAGGUAUUUAUUCAGAAUACGCCCAUCCAAACACAAACUGCUCGUUUUCUAUUGCAUUUGAGUGGCUAUACUCAGCAUUGAUGGAGUUUAAGAGGUUGUCGAACAACCUUUACGACGACAUUAACAAUACGACUAACAAAAGAAGAAGGGCUAACCGCAAAGAGAUUCUUGAGAAAAAGAAGGCAAUUGGUGAAGUGAUUAAGGUUGCUCUAGCAGAGAAGGACCCUCUUUCUUCUUUCCCUGCAUUUCGCUGUUACCGCAGAGAAAACCUUUCUGUAUACUUCGAAUCUGGACGUGGUGAUGAACUCUCUUUUCAUCUUAAAAAUUACAUCCAAAACCUCCUUAAGGUCAAUAUGGAAGGACCUUAUGGGUUUGAGUGGCCAGUGGAAGAAAAGGUAAAGCGCAGGGAAAUGGUUGCAUGUGAAGCACGUUAUAUAUUUGUGUAUGAGGCUUUGAAUGCAAAUGCAUGUAAAUCAUCCUCUCGAUUGGAAAGAAGUUUUACUAAUUGUCGGGCAGAUAGAAGACCCUUGGUCGGAUUUGUACAUUAUCGAUUUGUCAUAGAGGAAGAGUUGCCAGUUCUUUACGUUUACGAAUUGCAACUGGAGUCUCGUGUGCAAGGGAAGGGACUGGGCAAGUUUCUAAUGCAAUUAAUCGAACUUAUUGCUCAAAAGAACCAAAUGGGCGCUGUGCUGUUGACGGUUCAAAAAGCAAACUUGGGUGCUAUGAACUUCUACGUGAAUAAUCUGAGAUAUCUUGUAUCAACAAUAUCACCAUCAAGAGUUGAUCCAUCGAUAGGGAUUCAGAAAAGCUAUGAAAUUCUUUGCAAAACAUUUGAUCAUGAGGCAAAUGCCAUCUUGGCUGAAGAAAAUGUGGGAUCGAAAUUAUCAAACAUUUAAUUGGUUUGACAAAUGGAUUUAUCUUUAUACUGACUCUGAGGUACAUGGAUUUGCUAUGUAUAGUUCUACUUCACACCUUUGUUAAGUAAAGUUAAUGUUCGGUAUGAAUUUGCAAAAGACAUUACACUCGCAAAAUUACUCAAAUGAGUACAUAGAAUUAGGUUUUAAUGUUCGGUAUCAAUUUAGUUUCUGGUGAUUUUUUAGUAUUACUGGUAGCUCGGUAAUCCUACCCUGAAGAACAAUCUGUGAUAUGUUGUUAUUGUUACA